CAAAAAAAAAAAAAAGUUUCGGGGUCUAUAAAGGAAUUUGCAACGGCAGCAGAAUCCAUCAACACUGAGAUUUCCACUCUCUUCUUCUUUCACUUCACUCACACUCCAUUAAUGGCUUCCACCUCGCUCUUCUGCCUCGCCUUUACUCUUCUUCUCUUCCAAGCUUCAGCAACAACCGUGACAAUGUACAACAAGUGUGCACACCCAGUUUGGCCAGGGAUCCAACCAAGCGCAGGCCAAAAGCUCAUCGCCGGUGGCGGAUUCAAGCUCCUUCCCAACAAAGCCUUCACUCUCCAACUCCCCUCGCUUUGGUCCGGACGUUUCUGGGGCCGCCAUGGCUGCGCCUUCGACCGGUCGGGACGCGGCCGCUGCGCCACCGGCGACUGCGGUGGUUCCCUCCUCUGCAACGGCCUCGGCGGUGCUCCUCCGGCGACUCUUGCCGAGAUCACCCUCGGUAACGACAAGGACUUCUAUGACGUCAGCCUCGUCGAUGGGUACAACCUGGCGAUGUCGAUCCAACCGGUGAAAGGGUCGGGACAAUGCAGCUACGCCGGUUGCGUGAGCGACCUAAACCGGAUGUGUCCGGUCGGUUUACAAGUCCGGUCAAGGAACGGGAAACAGGUAGUAGCCUGUAAGAGUGCGUGCUCCGCCUUCAACUCCCCUCGGUAUUGUUGCACCGGCUCUUUCGGUAACCCACAGUCUUGCAGACCCACUGCUUACUCAAAGAUCUUCAAAGCUGCUUGUCCAAAGGCUUAUUCCUACGCGUAUGAUGACCCCACAAGCAUUGCUACUUGUUCCAAGGCCAAUUAUUUGGUCACCUUUUGUCCCCACCAUGCCCAUUGAUCCUUAAUUAGUGUGAAAUCUUGGUUUGUACGAGAUUAUUUCAUCUGCUCGGAUUUAUUUAUCUUUGAUCUCUUAACGCUUUGGAUGCUCUUUCUGGUUUUAUCAUUGUUUCUUGUUCCUAAUUAGUUAACACAGUGGCAGAGUUCCUCUUCCAAAUUCA